ACUUCCUCCGGCGGUGGCUGGAGGCUGCGCAUCUGGGGCUUUAAACAUACAAAAGGAUUGGCAAGACCAGCGGGAACAGGCGGUGGCGCGGGCGCCGGACCAUGCGCUGCUGAGCCGGGUCGAGCGAAGCCGACCCAGCAGAGCGCGCCCUCGGAGCGCAGCGCUGCGCCGCGGAGCAGGCGCCAGCCAGGCGGCGACGCGGCCACACGCACCGAGCCAGCGACCCCCGGGCGACGCGCGGGGCUCGGGAGCGCAAGGAUGGAGGCGCUAGGGGCCCGGGGAACGCUCGCCGGUGUCUUGCGGGUGCUUUGCGUCCUAGGCUGCCUGUUGGGGCGCGCUGCCGCACCGCCGGCGCCCAUCAUCAAGUUCCCUGGCGACGUCGCCCCCAAAACGGACAAAGAAUUGGCUGUGCAAUACCUGAACACCUUCUACGGCUGCCCCAAGGAGAGGUGCAACCUGUUUGUGCUGAAGGACAGACUGAAGAAAAUGCAGAAGUUCUUUGGACUGCCCCAGACAGGGGAGCUUGACCAGAACACCAUUGAGACCAUGCGGAAACCACGCUGUGGCAACCCUGACGUGGCCAACUAUAACUUCUUCCCCCGCAAGCCCAAGUGGGACAAAAACCAGAUCACAUACAGGAUCAUUGGCUACACUCCUGACCUGGACCCUGAGACGGUGGACGAUGCCUUUGCUCGAGCCUUCCAAGUCUGGAGUGACGUGACCCCAUUGCAGUUUUCUCGCAUCCAUGAUGGAGAGGCGGACAUCAUGAUCAACUUUGGCCGUUGGGAGCAUGGCGAUGGGUAUCCCUUUGAUGGCAAGGACGGACUCCUGGCGCAUGCCUUUGCCCCAGGCUCCGGAGUUGGGGGAGACUCUCAUUUUGAUGAUGAUGAGCUGUGGACCCUGGGAGAAGGACAAGUGGUCCGUGUGAAGUAUGGGAACGCUGAUGGGGAGUACUGCAAGUUCCCCUUCCUGUUUGGAGGCAAGGAGUAUACCAGCUGCACGGAUACGGGCCGUAGUGAUGGCUUCCUCUGGUGUUCCACCACCUACAACUUUGACAAGGAUGGCAAGUACGGCUUCUGUCCCCAUGAAGCCUUGUUCACCAUGGGUGGCAAUGCCGACGGACAGCCCUGCAAGUUCCCAUUCCGCUUCCAGGGCACGUCCUACAACAGCUGCACCACCGAGGGCCGCACCGAUGGCUACCGCUGGUGCGGCACCACCGAGGACUACGACCGAGACAAGAAGUAUGGCUUCUGUCCCGAGACUGCCAUGUCAACUGUCGGCGGGAACUCCGAAGGUGCCCCCUGCAUCUUCCCCUUCACUUUCCUGGGCAAAACACAUGAGACCUGCACCAGUGCAGGCCGCAGCGACGGGAAGAUGUGGUGUGCCACCACGGGCAGCUAUGACGAUGACCGCAAGUGGGGCUUCUGCCCAGACCAAGGGUACAGCCUGUUCCUCGUGGCAGCCCAUGAGUUUGGCCAUGCGAUGGGGCUGGAGCACUCGGAGGACCCAGGAGCUCUGAUGGCCCCCAUUUACACCUACACCAAGAACUUCCGCCUGUCUAAUGAUGACAUCAAGGGCAUUCAAGACCUCUAUGGAGCCUCCCCUGACACUGGCACGGGCACCGGCCCCACCCCCACGCUGGGACCCGUCACUCCUGAGAUCUGCAAACAAGACAUUGUCUUUGAUGGCAUCGCUCAGAUCCGUGGGGAGAUCUUCUUCUUCAAGGACCGGUUCAUUUGGCGGACAGUGACACCACGUGACAAGCCCAUGGGGCCACUUCUGGUGGCCACAUUCUGGCCUGAGCUCCCGGAUAAGAUCGAUGCUGUGUAUGAGGCCCCACAGGAGGAGAAGGCUGUGUUCUUUGCAGGGAACGAGUAUUGGGUCUAUUCGGCUAGCACUCUGGAGCGUGGGUACCCCAAGCCACUGACCAGCCUGGGGCUACCCCCUGAUGUCCAAAGAGUGGAUGCUGCCUUUAACUGGAGUAAGAACAAGAAGACAUACAUCUUUGCUGGGGACAAGUUCUGGAGAUACAAUGAAGUGAAGAAGAAAAUGGAUCCUGGCUUCCCCAAGCUCAUCGCAGACGCCUGGAACGCCAUCCCCGAUAACCUGGAUGCUGUUGUGGACCUGCAGGGUGGGGGUCACAGCUACUUCUUCAAGGGAGCAUAUUACCUGAAGCUGGAGAACCAAAGUCUGAAGAGUGUCAAGUUUGGAAGCAUCAAAUCCGACUGGCUAGGCUGCUGAGCUGGCCCUGGCUCCUGCAGGCCCUCCCCACUCCAUCACCUUCCAUACGUCGGGCCCUGAGCACCAGGGAAGGACCCGGAUGGGCCUGGCAGCCUCAACCACAGCCCUGUAGUUAACCAGCAGUCUCACCUCCACCUGGUAAUUUAAGAUUCUGGAGAGUGGCCCCACCCUGGGCCUAAAGAAAGGUGCUGACCAUACCCAUUCCAGAUGCUCCUUCUCCCUCCAGUCCCACCAGCCCUAAAGAGCCACCUCCAAAGAGAUGCUUUGAUAUUCUCAAUGCAGCCCUGCCUAGGGCUGUCCUGGUGCUGCCCCCACUUCAAGGUCUUUUCCCUUCACAAUCUUCUGUGGCUCUCAGAACCCUCAGAGCCAACAGAGACUGUCUCGAGAGGCCACUGGUGGCCUGACAGCAUGGUCUGGCAUGGGACAGUGGGAUAGGGGCAUGGCCAGGUGGCCACCCCAGACACCUGGCUUCUUACUGCCGGCUGCCUUAGAACCUUCCAGACAUCAGCGCUUUUUAUGCACUUUGUUCUUUAUUUUGACCAUUGUGUGUUUCCACUUUGAAACUGCAUUUUCCUGACAGAAGGACUCAGGUUGUCUGCAGUCACUGCACGAUGCAUCUCUGCCCACGUAGCGAUGGUUCCCUUGUUCACUCUAUUUAGUGUGUCCCUACCCCAUCACUUCCUCCACUGGAUGGAGGGAAACCAAGCCAUGGCUCCCUGCUCAGCCCUCCCCUCCUCUUCCUUCAACAGUUCCCCAUGGGAAAUGUCAACAAAUAUGUAAUAAAGACACCAUUUGAGUG